AACAGAGACUAAGCCCGAAGCAGUGGUUCUCGCUUCUUGCAUUUUACAUUUCAUAUCUGUUCUUCGGUGCAAGCGUGUUUUAUCAUGAAGAACAUCGUUUGGAAACAGAACGUCGGGCCGUUGCAUAUGCUGAACGUGUUGAAAUCAAUGCCCUAUUGGUCAGGUACAUUGCUCCCAAUAAUAGCGAUUUACAAGACGAAGUCUUAGACCAAGUGUCAGACUAUUGUAAUCAACCAGUCACACAUCCUUCUGAUGACGAGUACGUGCCUCCUUACAUUUGGAAUUUCUACCAUUCCAUAUUUUUUGCCUUCACAAUUUGCUCGACAAUCGGUUAUGGAAAUAUUUCCCCAAACAACACUUUUGGACGAAUGUUUCUGAUUUUUUACGCUCUCAUUGGUAUUCCCGUUCAUACAAUUCUAUUUGCAUAUAUGGGAGAGUUUUGGGGACGAACUUUUGUGCGACUUUACAAUCGUUAUAAACGAUACAAACUUUCAUCAAACCACAAUUGGGUUCCACCAAGAUUGAAUUUGGUUGCUCAAGUGAUACUUUACUUCGUUCCAGCACUUAUCGUAUUAAUUUUCCUGCCAUCUAUAUUAUUUUCAUAUUUCGAACAAUGGGAUUAUUCAAUAUCUGUUUACUACUCUUUUGUGACAUUAACAACGAUUGGUUUCGGUGAUUAUGUGCCAACGUUUCAACCAGAACAAGAGAGAAGUUUUGGCAUAUAUUUUGUCUUCUAUCAGAUUUUCAUAUUUCUUUGGUUUACAGCAGGACUCGGUUAUCUUCUUAUGAUUAUUGGAUUUAUAAUCGAGGGAAUGAGAAGUAAGAGAAUGAAGAAGCUUGAACAUCACUUAGCUAUGAAUCUUAAGCUGACGCAGAAGAAAAUCUGGCAUGGAGUCACGAAAGACGUUGGUUUCAUUCGGAAUAUCUUAAACGAAGCGUAUUUUCUCAAAUUUAAACCUGUGUACAAAAACGCUGAAGAAGCAAUGCAGAAGUUUGCAAUGCCCAAAUCCCAGUCAUGUCCCGAUUUAUCUAAGAUUGAUGAUGAAGUAAAUGAUUAUGAAACACUUCACACAAAGCCCAGAGCUCGGGCCUACUCUUUAUGUGUACAACAAGCAGAUAAAAAUCAAAAGAGUCUUAUCACUCAUGCCUUAAGUCGAGUUCAAUCUGACAGUAAAUUAAGUAACAUUGACAAAGAGAAAACAUUUGCAUACGACGCACGACGGGGAGCAGUACAACCGGGAGAUUUACUGGCAAAGCUUGUGGUCGCAUUAGGAGGUUUUCGACCUGAAACUGACGAACAAAAACUCACAAGUUUACAUAGCAGCAUUACAGGCCUUCACGGCUUCAGUGAUUCACAAAUACUGUCGAGUGAAAAUAAUUAUUAUUCAGAUUGGUCGAUAACAGAGUCCGAGCGUAGUCUCACAACACCGACAACACGACAACGUCAUUCUCGAGCGGCAUCAGAAGUUCGAAUUCCCAUAGACGAGUCUGUGAAGAAACCCAAUUAUUUUCCUUUUCAGUCGUCAACUGGAUGGACUUGGUCAGGUUCCAACACUCAAAUUAGUGAGAUUGAAAAGAUACGAUCGCUUGCAGCUAAGCCAAAAGAAAAUCUUUACAAAGCAUCCCUUCAAAGUAAAUUGCGAUACGAUUCAGAAGCAAAUGCUGAUGAUUUCCCUAGGGAAGUGAUAGAUAAAGACUACGUCACGGCAACAAGCAAUUCUGUGUUGUCUAAAUUAAAUCCUUUCAAGAAGAAAAUGUCUCAACAGAUGAAACGACAUUCGCUUGCUCCAGGAUCGGAAUUGGAUCCAUCGAAAUAUUUCCGCAGAACACAUGACGGUCGCGCAUCGGUAAGCAGCUUAUCGAAGAAUUACUUGAGUCAUCAUCGACCGAGUUUGUUUGCCAUGCCAUGUAUGGAAGAAGAAGGGGAUUUGUUAGAAACGACAACGAUUGCUGAUUUGAUAAGGGCAAUUGAACAGGUUCAUAGUGAACAUGUAGAUACGUCGUUAUCUUUUGAAGCGACGAGAAACGAUAGCAGUAAAAAAAAUGUCAUACAACCGCAUCAGUCGCUUCUUACAUUAAAUUCGCCUAACAUAGGCAGAAGAUCGAGUUAUACAUCCAAUGGACCGUCAUCAGAUAUUCUGCCAUUGAACAUAACAAAGCGAAAUAGAUUAUACAGCUGCGUUAGCACACCAUCCUCGGAUAUUGGUGACAAUAGGCGAGAGAGAAUUCAGGAUGAUGCGAAACCAUUCAUUAGACAUUUAUCUAUUCGACCUCCACCACCAUACACAACAGUACCUACAGAGCCAUUGAAACCUGCACUAAAGCGGAGAUUCAGUGUUCGUCCUUCAAAUCUCGAUAGCGCACCUGGACAAUUUCACAAGACCCAAAAUUCACCAACCAUUGCAACACAACUUUCCAAGCAAUCAUCUCCGUUGAUGUUUCAAAGAAAAUUAUCAUGGCGUCCUACACCCUCGUCUCUUGCAAACAUAAAAGAAACCCAAAAAAUUGGACAAGAACAAUCAGAAUCAACAAGUCCCAGAAAACCUACGUAG